AAACACUAAUUCUGAAUAUGCGAGUCAGUGAUUGUGAAUCUGUGAAGAAAAAAAAAAACCACCCUAGCAAUCUAGCAUCCCAAUUUGCCCCUCAGAACAGAACACGGAAGAAGAAGAAGAAGAAGAAGAAGAAAGAAAAAAAAGUUCUGGAAUCUCGAUUCAUACAAAGCACUCCCGGCUCUUAUUGGCUUCGAGUUCACCGGAUAAUGCAAACAGUGUAACUUGAACUAGUCGGUUUCCGGUAACUAUAGAUCACCACGCCACCAUGUCGAUCGAAGAGUUGAAAUCUGCUAUGGAGGAACACGUUGAACUUAUGUCAGAUCUUGUUCAGAAAAUCUCUUCCGAACUUCGUGCUGGCCUUCGCCCUGCUUACGAUAAUUUUUUAGGUUUCUUUCAUGCCAUUGAUUGGAAGGAACCCUGGCUAUUAGGACUGUUAACUUUCCAUGUUGUAUUGCUGCUUGUAACUAUCAUCUCUAGAAAGAAUACCAACUUCCAGAUGUGCUUGUUCCUUUUGACGUUGGCUGGUGUAUAUCUUGCUGAGAGGCUUAAUAGUUUUUUGGGAAAAAACUGGAAAAGCUUCUCUAGUCAAAACUAUUUUGAUCCAAGUGGAGUAUUUACAUCAGUUCUUUGGUCUGGACCUCUUCUUGCAUUGGCUAUGAUAAUCUUGAUCAAUACACUCUUCUCCUUAUGUUACUUGAUUGUUAAGUGGAAAAGAGCUGAACUAAGACAUCGUGCGAGGGCUGCUCGUAGUAAGCAGGAAUAGUUGAUUUGUAGUGGGAUUUUGAUGGAUUAAACUAUGAAGGAGGACUUCAUGUCAAUUAGGUGAUGUAAUCACAUGGUCAUACAAAUGAGUUUUUUUUUGUCUUUCUUUUUUCCUCCUAAACAAAGUUUCUUAUUGAUUGCUCACUAUCCAAUUAUGUUUAUUAAUUAACAUGAAUUGCCCCCCA